AUGGGAUGUACAAAUUCUAAAGUGGUACCCAUCAAUUUCUCUCCAAAUGGUGACGUCAUCGACCAGCCUUCAACAUCCUAUCAGAGAGACGAGACGAUCAACGCACAUGACUUCCUGGCCUAUCGCCUUUUCUUUGACAUUUAUUUUAAUCCGGUUGAAAAAGAACGAUUCUUGGCAAGUACUGUUCUCGAAGAUGACGAGCCCGUCUUUGACGACGAUGAUGACACGGUAAAGCAAAAUCAACCAUCUAUGUCAUACCCACCAGGAAAAGUCAAGAAGAGCUAUGACAUCCUCGUCAUUGAUCAUCCUUCAGAUGAGAAUCCUUCUGCUCACAUUACUCCAAUCAAGGCACGGCCUGGGGGUGUGGCUUUUGAGGUUGCAAAUAACUUUGAUCCAAUCACAGAUGUGGCAGACGUCAAAGUCAGCCGAGGGGGCGUGGCUUUUGAGAUCACAACGGAUAAAUCUCCGGUUCCGUCUGCAGAGAGUACCGAACCAUCAGAGAUGUCUCUGCCUAGCCCACCAAUCACAACCAUGAGCUGCACACGGCACACCAAGGAAGGUGUGGCUUUUGAGAUUGACUUCGGCGAUAACGAAGAGCAGAAGCGACAACUGCAGUCUCUCAGCAAAGUGACAUCACGAAUUGCCAAGGAGGGAUGGAGCGAGCGUGACGUCAUCAAAGAAACUGAUGACGUUUGGGUGGCCAACAAAGUUCUUGCAAUGAACGACAAUGCAAAGAGGAACGAGAAACGGUUGGCUUCUCUAAGGAAGGCUGAGGAAGAGUUCGACCUGAUGACAGCUACUAUGACAGAGAGAGCCCUUGACAGCUUUCACUACAUCCUGGUGAAAGAGACCUGCACAGAACACAGCCUUCUAAGGAGGGCCCAGUUCAAGGCUUGGCAGAAGAAGAUGAUGCAGUAGAUAGAACAAAGAAGAACGAGAAACGCUUGGCUUCACCGAGGAAGGCUGAUGAAGAGUUCGACCUGAUGAUAGCCACUAUGACAGAGAACCCUUGACAGCUUCCACUACA